GCUUAGCUCACUAAUGCAACGGUGCGUUUAAACUUUUAAAGUGUGAACAGUGACCGACAUUGCUUCUUCCCUGCGUCGUCGUUUUUUUCUUCUCUCCUCUUUGUUAGGGUUUGCUCGGUUCCAUUUUUCCCAAACCAUUCGGCACAACAUCGAAAUUUCCCCAUUGUCCGCUUCCGCAACGAAAUAACUCUACCGUGCCCUACGAUAAGGGGUUUCUCAGAGCAGGAGCAAUGUCUUCCCCUUAUCUACCUGCCACAACUGACUCACUUGCUCUCGCAACUGAGGCCAAAGACCCAUCUGAGGCCAUCUCCAUUCUUUAUCGGGUGCUUGAUGAUCCUUCUUCUUCACCAGAUGCUCUGCGUAUGAAAGAGCAAGCAAUCACAAACCUCACUAAGCUUCUCACUGAUGAGAAUAGGGGAGAGGAUCUGCGCAGCCUUCUUACUCAGUUGAGGCCAUUCUUCUCCUUGAUACCUAAGGCAAAAACUGCAAAGAUUGUUAGGGGAAUAAUUGACUCGGUUGCUAAAAUUCCAGGGACAUCUGAUCUACAAAUUGCACUCUGCAAAGAAAUGGUGCUGUGGACUCGUGCUGAAAAGCGUACCUUUCUGAGACAGCGAGUUGAGGCAAGGCUUGCAGCACUUCUGAUGGAAAGUAAGGAGUAUUCAGAAGCUUUGACUCUUCUCUCUGGCUUGGUCAAAGAAGUUAGGAGAUUAGAUGACAAGCUUCUUCUUGUUGACAUAGAUUUGCUGGAAAGCAAGCUGCACUUCUCAUUAAGAAACCUUCCAAAGGCAAAAGCUGCACUCACGGCUGCAAGAACCGCUGCAAAUGCUAUAUAUGUGCCCCCAGCUCAACAAGGUGCCAUAGAUCUGCAGAGUGGAAUACUUCAUGCUGAAGAGAAGGAUUAUAAAACUGCUUAUAGUUAUUUCUUUGAAGCUUUUGAAUCAUUCAAUGCUCUUGAUGACCCCAAGGCUGUUUUUAGCCUGAAGUAUAUGUUGCUGUGUAAGAUCAUGGUGAAUCAAGCUGAUGACGUAGGAGGAAUUAUUUCUUCUAAAGCAGGCCUGCAAUAUCUUGGCCCUGACUUGGAUGCUAUGAAAGCUGUUGCUGAUGCACAUUCUAAGCGGUCCCUUAAUUUGUUUGAAAUUGCUUUGAGGGACUACAAGGCACAGUUGGAGGAAGACCCAAUUGUACACAGGCACCUUUCAUCCUUGUACGAUACCCUUAUGGAGCAGAAUCUCUGCAGGUUGAUCGAGCCUUUCUCAAGGGUUGAGAUUGCACAUAUUGCUGAACUUAUUGAACUUCCCACGGAUCAUGUGGAGCGGAAGUUGUCUCAGAUGAUUUUGGACAAGAAGUUUGCUGGAACAUUGGAUCAAGGUGCUGGAUGCCUUGUCAUAUUUGACGAUCCUAAGACUGAUGCUAUAUAUCCUGCUACUCUAGAGACCAUUUCCAAUGUUGGGAAAGUCGUGGACAGUCUUUACGUUAGGUCUGCCAAGAUAAUGGCAUGAGCUCUCUGGUUAUUUUACUCCGAUGUCACAUUCCUUGUUGCUGUUUUCUUCUUAAUGGUGACUAGCAUGUCAUUUGUUUUUUCUAUUUUUAUUUUUGUUGAACUUAAUUGUGGUAAACCUCUUCCGGUGGCUUUUGAACAUUUAAAUGUUUUUGUGGUUUUACUGCCACUUGUCUAACCUUGGUAUCAUAAAAAUACAUGUGUGCUGCAAGAUUAUCUGGUC